AUGGCCACCCUGGACUCCGCGGUCUCUGCACAUGCCCUCGCCGAUGCUGCAGCACAACUCCUGGUGGACGACAAGGAGAUGCGUCAGGGCCUUGUGCAGACGCUGAGCCGCCUCACCGACCGCUCCGAGCAACUGGCGGCCAUUGACGGCCUGAGCGAGAAGGCUUUGGGCCGCAAGGGCACGGAUUCUCGAGUAGCAACCCCCGCCCCGCGGCCACGGUCAUCGGCUGUGGUGGCCGAAGGACCUGCGGCGCAAAAGCUGCCGCAAGACUCGCAAAGCGAGCCUUUCAUCAUUUGGUCGCCUAUCGUUGACACCCAUCUUGGUGUGCAAGAUGUCGAGGAGUUGCGCACCAAGGAUCGCAGGAGUUUGAUCCUGGAGAUUCCCGGCGCGCUGAAAAGCUCGACGUCGCUUCCAUCGUUAACUCCAGCUGGUGAGAUGCGAACACCUGCAGCCCGGCGGAGCAAGGCACUGCCGGAUUAUGCGCCUCACCUCCGCCGGUCGGUUUUGAACAUGGGCAUGCCAUCUCAACAGACCACAACGUACAUGGCCCAAUGCAGCGUGCCUGUUCAGAAAGCUGUGGACCCAAAGUGGUCGACGGAGCUGAAGCGAGCUGAUUGGCGAAAUGCGCAACGAAUUCAGUACGACAACCGCUUGUCAGCAUCCAUUCCCGGCUCAAUCUCCCCUGAGAUGCCAUUUCUAGUCAGAAGACACUGA